AUGGUGAGAGUUCUAGGUAUAGAACAAUCAAAGAUCAGCAAGGUAGAAGAAGAAGAGAUAUCACCAAUUGAAGAAGUAAGAUUAACAGUAUCAACCACUGAUGAUCCAACACUCCCGAUAUGGACUUUCAGAAUGUGGGUAUUGGGUUUAAUCUCAUGUGGUGCUCUAUCAUUCAUCAACCAAUUCUUUUCGUACCGUACAGCACCUUUGGUUAUAACUCAGAUUACAAUUCAGAUUGCAAGUUUACCUAUUGGAAAGUUCAUGGCAUAUGCAUUACCAACAAAUAAGUUUUGUGUACCUGGUUUAGGGGAUUGUUCGCUUAAUCCAGGUCCAUUUAAUAUGAAAGAGCAUGUUUUGAUCUCUAUGUUUGCAAAUGCUGGGAGUGGUUUCGGGAGUGGACCGGCUUAUGCGAUUGGUAUUGUUGAUAUUAUCAAAGCUUUUUAUAAGAGGAAAAUCUCCUUCUUGACAAGUUCGCUCCUUGUUAUCACUACUCAGGUUCUUGGAUAUGGAUGGGCUGGUGUUAUGAGAAAAUUUGUCGUGGAACCUGCAACUAUGUGGUGGCCCGCAACCAUGCCACAAGUCUCUCUUUUCAGAGCAUUGCAUGAGAAGGAGCAUGAUAAGCAAUGGAUGUCAAGGGGAAAGUUCUUUAUGGUUUCAUGUAUUGCUAGUUUCGUUUGGGCUUUAGUCCCAGGUUUUCUUUUCCCAACAUUGUCGGCUCUCUCUAUACUUUGCUUGGCAUUCCCAAAAUCAGUCACAGCUCAUCAAGUUGGUUCAGGCAUGCAUGGAUUGGGGAUUGGGUCGUUUACCUUCGACUGGUCUACAAUAGCUGCAUUUAUGGGUAGCCCCCUUAUAAGUCCCUUUUUCGCCACAGUCAACGUCGCUAUAGGUUAUGCUUUUGUCGUGUAUAUUCUAACCCCCGUUGCUUAUUGGGGAUUGAACCUGUACAAUGCUAAGACAUUCCCAAUAUUUUCAUCACGCUUGUUCACUUCACAAGGGAAUACAUAUAACGUAUCAGCAAUUGUAAACAACAAGUUUGAGAUAGAUGCAUUGCAGUACGCACAACAGGGUCGGAUAAAUUUGAGUACCUUCUUCGCGGUCUCCUACGGAAAUGGGUUCGCCACUAUAGCAGCAACCCUGACACAUGUUGGCCUGUUUCAUGGAAAGGAGAUCUGGGAAAAAUAUAGAGCUUCACGUAAGGAAAAUGAGGAUAUCCAUACAAGACUGAUGAAGGAGUAUAAGGACAUACCAAACUGGUGGUUUCACCUCAUGCUUGGAGCGACCUUUGUGGUUUCCCUUCUGCUCUGCAUUUUCGCAAAAGAUGAGGUUCAGAUGCCAUGGUGGGCACUUAUCCUUGCCUGCGCAAUAGCUUUGUUCUUCACUCUUCCAAUUAGCAUCAUCUCUGCAACUACAAAUCAGACACCAGGAUUGAACAUCAUCACAGAAUAUCUAAUGGGACUUAUGCUACCUGGAAAGCCAAUUGCAAACGUAUGCUUCAAAACAUAUGGGUAUAUAAGCAUGGCCCAAGCCAUCUCCUUCCUUCAAGAUUUCAAGCUAGGGAACUACAUGAAAAUCCCUCCGAGAUCGAUGUUCUUAGUUCAGCUCAUUGGAACCAUCAUAGCUGGAGUAAUUAAUACUGGGACAGCGUGGUACAUGCUCACCUCUAUUCAGAAUAUAUGUCAGGAAGAUCUCCUGCCAGCUAAUAGCCCUUGGACGUGCGCAAAUGAUCGGGUUUUCUUUGACGCAUCUGUUAUCUGGGGUCUCGCAGGACCAAUGCGUAUCUUUGGCCCCAAAGGAAAUUAUCAAGCUCUAAACUGGUUCUUUCUCGGGGGUGCUCUAGCUCCAUUUUUGGUUUACGCAAUGCAUAAGAAAUUCAAAAAACAUACCUGGAUUGCUUUGAUUAACAUUCCAAUUAUUCUGCAAGCCACUGCAUUAAUGCCACCUGCUUCAUCUGUGAACCUGAGCUCGUGGAUAGUGGUCGGAGUGAUCUUCAACUAUUUUAUUUUCCGGUACCGCAGAAAUUGGUGGCAGAGGUACAAUUAUGUUCUUUCUGCUGCCUUAGACGCUGGAGUGGCUAUUAUGUCUUUAUUCAUAUACUUUGCGCUCAGCGGUACGACACUGAACUGGUGGGGCACAGGUGGUGAGUACUGUGACUUGGCUACUUGUCCGACGGCUAAUGGCAUUGUUGCUGAAGGUUGUCCAGUUUUCUGA